AUGUUGGUUGGCGAUGACAUUGGCGAGAGCACGGAGGGGACAAAGGUUGAGGUUACUCUCGGGGACAUUGAUUUGGAUCAACCUACAGCUGUGUUAUCUCAGUUGAACGUUUGGUUGAAUGAUGAAGGUCAAGGUGUGGAACGAGGGGUCCAAUUACGGAAGAGGAAGAGGAUUAUUCCUAUGUGGAAGAUCGUUGAAGCUAGUGAAGUGGUUCAAAAAAAUUUGCCAAAGACAACCGGACUUCGGACAUUAGACCCAAUGAAGGCGAUUCCGCAUGAUGAUAUGGUGAAAUUGCUUAAACUUUGUUCGGAAUGGCGCACACCCUCGACUUUAGUGAUGCAAAUGUGA